AUGCCUUUCUCAUACUAUAGAUACGGUGGCCAUCAAUACGGCCUAUGGGUCGGUCAAUUAGGAGAUGGAAGAGCACAUAUUCUAGGAGAAUACGUGAACAGAAAGGGGGAACGCUGGCAGAUCCAGUUGAAGGGCUCCGGGCAGACCCCCUACGCUCGCAUCCACGACGGUCGCACCGUGCUCCGUUCGGGAAUCCGCGAAAUGGUAGCCAGCGAGGCCUGCCACCACCUGGGCAUUCCGACAACGCGGGCGGCUACGUUAGUCGUCAGUGACGACUUAGUGACACGCGAUAUGUAUUACACCGGGUGCCCGCGGCGGGAGCGUGCCGCCACUUUGCUUCGUCUAUCACCCAGCUGGUUCCGUUUUGGCUCUUUGGAAAUACUGGCGAAGGCCGGCGAGUUAUCCGUUCUGCGACAGUUGGCAGAAUUUGCUAUAAAGGAGUACUUUCCUGACAUCCAUGCUACAGAUGAAAAUCGAUUCAUUAGAUUAUUUUCCGAAGUGGCUCACAGAACACUGGAUCUUGUUGCCAAAUGGCAAGGUCUCGGCUUCGCCCACGGCCUUCUGAACACGGACAAUAUGAGCAUCCUCGGCCUGACCAUAGACUACGGUCCAUUCGGCUUCGUCGACUCGUAUGACGGCGGAUUUGUGCCCAAUUGCUGCGAUGGUGAGGGGCGCUACGCACUCGCUAAGCAGCCCGAAAUAGUGGUGUGGAAUAUUGGACAGUUUGCCAACUCCUUGAAACCACUGCUGACUUCGUCGCAACAGGUCCAUUUAUCGCACAUAUUGAAAACUUUGGACUCCUACUGCAAGAAUAGGAUACUCGAGACGUUCCUAAUGAAAAUCGGUUUAAAGGAGGAGCGUUGGGGUGACGAGCAACUCGUCGAGAAGCUUCUGGACAUGAUGCAGCAGACCGGCGCUGACUUCACUUCGACGUUCCGUCAGCUGUGUGAGUUGGAGCCAAAUGAGAUGGUCAGUGAAACAAAAUUAAGGGAGAAGUGGUCGUUGAGGCGUCUCUCGUCUCACUCUUCGUGGGGCUGCUGGUUGGACCAGUAUCGCGAACGCCUGGAUAAGGAAGCUGUGGACGCAAGCUCUCUAGGUAUAUUCGAAGAUGAACGACGCCGUCGCAUGCUCAGCGUGAAUCCGGCCUACGUGCCGCGCAAUUGGAUGAUUCACGAGGCCAUCCUGGACGCAGAGAUGGAUAACUUCGACAAAGUACGUUAUCUGUUGGAGGUCAUGCGACGUCCGUAUGAAAUUCAACCAGAAGCGGAAAAACGCGGCUUCUCAUCUCAGCCGCCACAGUGGGCGUAUGCUUUGAAAAUCAGUUGUUCUAGC